AUGGCAGAUCCGUUAUCUACUGCAGGCACAGCAGUCGGCAUUACCUCUCUCGGCAUCCAGGUCACCCAGGCGUUAUUCAAAUACUACAACGAUGUCAAAGACCAGCCGUCAGACACAAGCCGCACGUUGAAGAAGCUCGAGAGACUGCGCCAGUUUUUCGAUCGCUUAGAAUCAUAUCUAAAUUCGAGAGACCGAGACGAAGAACUGGCCGAUGAAGUCAUUGACGCCGUGCAGAACUGCAAUGAAUGCAUAGAGGAACUGCAAGAAAUUCUCGAAAAGCUUGAACAAGUUCCAGGUGGUAGUUUCCAGGCGGCUGUUCGCGCUACGGGUCGUCGGCUGGCAUAUCCAUUCAAGCUCGGUACGCUGCAAAAGCUCGAUGAGGAAAUUGAUGAUGCAAUCAGUCACUUAUCACUCGUCCUUUCAUUACUACAGCAAGGUGCCGUGGAUCAAAUUGAAAAUGACGUCGAAGACAUCAAGGCGGUCCUUGCAACAGUCAGCGCCUCGAUUGUUUCCUCCGAAAUUAGAGAUUGGCUCAAGGCUCCAGAUGCGACCAUCAACUUCAACGAUGCAUGCGCGAAGAAGCACCCCGGUACGGGGUUGUGGUUUGUAAAAGGGGAGGAAUUUAGUAACUGGCUCAAAACACGAGGGUCCUUCUUAUGGCUCAAAGGCUUCGCGGGGUGUGGCAAAACAGUACUUUCCUCGACGGCGAUACAGUAUGCUCGACGCCAUCAAAGAUCUCAAUCGCAGAUUGGGCUGUGUUUCUUCUACUUUACUUUCAAUGACGAGACGAAACAAGACGACUCUGCUAUGCUUCGUGCGCUCAUCAUUCAGCUACUGAGCCAAUUAAAAACGACGCCUAAGUUUCUUAAGGACUUGUACGACAGGCAAAAAAAUAGCAUGCUACCGGUGACAGGCCUUUUGGAAUGCCUUCAUUUGCUUGUGGCAAUGUUCGAUGACGUUUAUGUAAUAUUAGACGCACUGGAUGAGAGCCCUGCUCUUAGGGCCCGUCAUCUAAUGCUCGAUACACUUCAGAGCAUGAGAGACUGGAGAAAUCUACAUCUUUUGGUAACCAGUCGAGAAUUACCUGAAAUUAGCGACGGCAUACGAGCCAGUCAACUGGAAACUAUCGUCAUGAAGAACAAUGUGAACGAAGACAUUGCCAGUUUUGUAUCUGAGCAUCUACGAAGUGAUACGGCGCUGCAGAAGUUCAAGAAAUACCACGCGAGAAUUGAACAGGUACUGACCGAAAAAGCGCAAGGAGUAUUUAGAUGGGUUGAGUGUCAGUUUAUUGCGAUCAAGCAAUGCCCAAGAAGUCCCUAUCUUAUUGAGAAGCUACUCAACUCCUUGCCUCGAACACUGGACGAGACCUAUGCGAGGAUGUUGCAGAAUAUCCCUUCUGAUUUUAUGGAGCAAGCACAGCAAAUGCUAUCAAUUUUGUGUUGCGCUGUAAGGCCUUUGACUGCGCCAGAGCUCAUUGAUGCUCUUGCUGUCGACGCCAUUGUCCCGCUUAGCACGGGUGCUCUACCGAAAUUCGACAUCGACCGACGCGUCGAAAAUAUUGAUGACCUUCAAAAGAUUUGUCCAGGAUUUACAGAGGUUGUUUUGGAACAGGAGACAGAAAACGCCACAAUACGCAUCGCACAUUUUUCAGUCCAAGAGUACCUUGAGUCAGACCGGAUCACAGCUCAUGAGAAGGCAGCCAAAUACAUGGUAGAUGUUAGAAAAGCCCAUACUAUGAUGGCUUUUAUAUGUCUUUCAAUCCUUCUCGAAGAGGGCCUAGAAGACCUGGAUUACCGAGAUGUUCAAAAACGAUAUCCUCUAGUUGCAUACGGCGUAAACCAUUGGCCGCACCAUUACCAUAAUGGUAUCUCGGUAAUACAGCUUGAUCAACAGGCUAUUGCGCUAUUUACGAAUAGGAGAAGGUCACUGAAGACAUUCGUCGAAAUCCGGGACUUUGAACGACGGAAUACCCACGGAACCUGGUUGGGACAUAGGCCCACAGCAUUGUACUAUGCCUCUUUGCUUGGACUGUCGUCAGUCGUGAAAGCUCUUUUUCAAGAGGAUUAUGGUGUGAGUGAGCUAGAAAGCUUUCUUGCCUUUGACGUGUUGAAUAUGCAAUUUGGGGACCACGGAACACCAUUGGAAGCCGCAGCCACCGAAGGGCAUUUGGAUGUUGUAAAAUUCCUUCUUGAAAAAGGCGCCAACCCGAAUCUGAAUAAGAACAACCACGAUGCAAGAUUUUUAUAUGGUAGCCCAUCACUCUCAGCUGCCAUAAGUGGAGGCCAUAGCGAAGUUGUGGAGCUACUCCUCAACGCAGGCGCCAGGGCUUACACGACAUUCCGUUCAAAGGCGAGUAAACAUAUUGAUCUAGCCACUGAGGAGGCAGCGAGGAAAGGAAGGCUCAGAAUCGUUCAAAUACUGCUCGAAAAAGGGGCAAAUUUAGACCAGGACGUUCUUAAUGCAGCAUGUGAAAGCGGCAGCAGUGAGACUGUUCGACUUCUUCUUGAUGAAGGCGCUUCCAUUAAUGCCCCGAUCCAAGACGAUUAUGCCGUAACGGCGUUGGAAACAGCAUGCAGACAUGGUCACGAGGGCGUCGUUCAGUUGCUGCUCCGCCGAGGCGCUGAGCUAACGACUAGAAUGUCUGGAGGACGUACACGAGAAGCUUUGUCGGUGCUAGAACAGUCUAAAUCUGACGAUAAAAGUAGCAUGGUAAGGUUGUUGAUCCACACUUUCCUUAAACAGGACACCGAUAAUUCGACCCUUAAGAGCCGGUUUCCAACGUAUUUGGAAGCGGCGAUUGCAAUAGGAAAUGAAAAGCUACUUUCUUCGUUGCUCAACAAGAAAAUCAAUUUCAGUAACUUUGAAGGAUGCGGACCUGCGCUCCUGGAAGCAUCUGCGCAAGGCUAUGUUAGGAUCGUCGAGAUGCUCUUGGACAUGGGUGUUGACGUCAAUUUCCGACAGCAGCAACCACGAUGGAAAGCAGGCCCUGCGCAAAAAAGACCAGGAACCGCAUUGCAAAACGCUUGCAGGAAUGGCCGGGAAGAAAUCGUUCAACUAAUCCUUAAAAGGGGUGGGGACCCGAAUGCACCAGGCGUGGAAGAUUCCUACCGGGGGAUAAUGACGGCACUUGAAGAAGCCUUAUCAAACGGCCAUAAGGAGAUUGCAAAGCUGCUGCUUGCCAACGGCGCCGCUUUAAAUGACACAAUGAAGGCGGGGGUACUCAUUUCAGCCUCUGCAAAAGGUCAACUACACAUUGUUAUGUUCCUCCUCGGCAGAGGGGCUGAUGUGAAUUCCAAGGGUGCUUUUCAUUGGACUUCUCUUCACGCAGCUGCAAUAAAUGGCCAUAAACAUAUUGUUCAAGCACUCCUGGAAAACGGCGCGGACGUUCAUAGCAAAGAAAGAUGGAAUCAAACAGCACUCGCAGCGGCGUCUGGUAGAGGUCAGACUGGUAUAGUGAAGAUUCUUCUUCAGCACGGUGCUGGCAAAGACAACCAGAAUACGAACGCAAAUUUAUGGGUAGCGUUUUCAGCCGCGCUAAGAUCCAGUGAACAGGAUCUAGUACAACUGCUGUUCAAUGAACUCAAGGGUACUACUUCAACAAACCUGAAAUGUCUCAAAGAACAUCCAGAGAUGCUGUGCAAUGCAGCAGCGGGUGGUUACAAAGAUGUGGUGUUGUGGCUGUUGAAUAGCAAGGUUUCUGCUAGUGCAACAUUGCUUUAUCAAGCAUUUCGAGCUGCGUUGAAAGCUGGUCAGACUGAGAUAGUCAAAACACUUCUCAGUCAAGGUGCAAGUGCCAACUCUCAUUCUAAGGAUAAUAUGACACCACUCAUAUUCGCAACACAACAUGGUUUUAAAGCUAUUGUGCAACUUCUGCUCCAAGCAGGUGCCGAGAUAAACGCUCGACGCCCUUUGAGAUUCCCUCACGGAAGAUCCGGAUUGGGAACAGCAACAUUCUUGGCAGCACGAGAAGGUUUCACUGAAAUACUCCGAAUUUUAUUGAGCAGUGGUGGUGAUCCGAACUUGGAAGCUGAGGACUCAGAUCAACAUUCGAUAUUCGCUCUUCAAGAUGCAACGAUAACAAAGAAUAAGGAGGUCAUCUUCUUACUGCUGGAAUAUGGAGCGAACGUCAACGCUAAGCCAGACAUGGGAACGGCACUUUACAUAGCCUCGACGGCGGGCCAAAGAGAACUCGUAGAGUUGUUACUUCAGCACGGAGCUGACAUUAACAUGGGCUUGGAGCUGCUUCUCAAGAACGGCGCCGAUGUAAAUGCGCAAGGCGGAGAUACCGGCACGGCAAUCAUAGCAGCCUCCGUUGGGGGUGACUUGGAAGUUGUCCAAAUAUUGCUCAAAAAAGGUGCUGAUAUCAAUGUCAAAGCCGGAAGAUUUGGCACAGCAAUUAUAGCAGCCUCCGUUGGGGGUGACUUGGAAGUUGUCCAAUUAUUGCUCAAGAAAGGUGCUGAUAUCAAUGUCAAAGCCGAAAGAUUUGGCACAGCAAUUAUAGCAGCCUCCGUUGGGGGUGACUUGGAAGUUGUCCAAUUAUUGCUCAAGAAAGGUGCUGAUAUCAAUGUCAAAGCCGAAAGAUUUGGCACAGCAAUUAUAGCAGCCUCCGCCAGGGGUCACUUUAAUAUUGUCGAAUUUCUGCUGAGAGAAGGCGCUGACGUGAACAUUUGGGGCGACGGAAUGUUUAGGACAGCAUUUGGGGCAGCGCUCUGCAAUAACCACACAUAUGUUGCUAUGCUCCUACUUGAAAAUGGCGCGAGCGUCAGUGCAGCGCUUCAGUUGGCUUUGGAAGGGGGCCACAAGCGCAUGGCCAAAAAGCUGCUGCCACUGGUCCUCAACAUUGAUUCGCAGACUUUUGAAGAUUCAUCAGGCGUUCACAUCUCAAUGGUGAAUAAAUUCGUGGACAUCAGUAGGCGAAUAAUCGAGGCCAACGAAAACUUUGAUGAAUACUCAGAUGAACACUCUGACGGCGAGGACCAAAAUUACCACGCAACUCCUCUUCAAAUCGCAGUCCUGGAAGGCUGCAAAGAUGCAGUCGAUCUGACACUUCAGUAUGGUGCUGACCCAAAUGGCCCUCAGUGGGGUCUGGGAGCACCACUGCAAAUAGCAGCAUCGUUAGGCCAUGAGGACUUGGUUACCUUAUUACUUCAACAUGACGCUGAUAUUCAUAGGUGUCAAGGAGAACGUUACCGGCCAGCACUGCUUGGUGCACUCUUGGGAAGGCACUUGAAGGUCGCUGAGUUGCUUCUUGAAAAAGGAGCCGACAUAACCAAUGAUUGUAACAGAAGGGGAACUGUUCUUCAGAUGGCUGCUUACGAAGGAGAUGUGUUUGCGGCGGAAUUUCUCAUUCGGCACGGUGCUGAUUUGAAUGCUUCAAGGUCAUGGAACCUUGGACCACCAUUGUACGGAGCGGUAUCGGGAGGCCACAAAGAAAUGGUUGCCUUGUUACUUGACCACGGCGCAGAUGCAAAUAUCGGUUACGAAGAUUAUGAGGAUGUCCUCUCUGCAGCACUGGAAGCCGGUCACCAAAACAUCAUUGAGUUGUUGACUGAGAGAGGAGUGGAAAGAAGACAUAAGUCCGGAGGGCCAUUGGUCUAG